AUGGCAGUCCACGUAUUAGGUGAUUGUUAUUUGCCCAUAACAAUAAUAAUUACAUUUGUCUACCAAUUAAUAGUGUUUUUCAUCACCUUUGCCUUACAAGUGGAUGUUGCUACGGAUAUCGGCGGUGGGUCAAAUGUAGCAUUACUUGCCGUCUUAACUUUAGUCCUUAGUGAAAUAAGCUGGGUCUGGGCUGUUAGUGUACCGGUUUCAUUUAUGAAUUCGGAAAAAAUUGUCAAAUUUGCGGAUCCAGGUUUUGGAAGUGUCACUGACAUUUUGGGUGUGAUUUUGUUUGUUAUUGGAUUUUUAAUUGAGUUUAUUGCUGAUAUUCAUAAGUUGAUAUUUCGUAUCAAACGAUCAUCUGAAGAUGAAUUUAUAAACGCUGGACUUUGGGCUUGGAUGAUUUUACUAUUCAUAACUGGAAUGCCAUUAAGUGAACGACCAGUUCACAUAAAACAAUUCAAAGCUGGGAAUUGGGAUAAAUAUUCUAAAUAUUUAUCUCGUACAAGUUGCUUAAUUCCGUUUCCACCACCAUUAUAUGAACCAUUGCCACAAAUUAUAAAAAGUACUUUGUUAUUGGAAUUUCCCAUUUAUAAAUUUGAUCCGGAAUCAGCAGGUGAUUUGGUUGAGAAAAAUAAAAAUGUGGGAGAUAAGAAUAUUUAA